GAGUUCGGAGGAGGAGAGAUCAGAGCCGGAGAGAGCUAACAUGAGAGAGGACGUACGGACAGCAACAGGAGAAACUAGACGGAAGGCAGACAGUCACGGACAUAGACACGGAUAGAGCUGAACUUGAGACGAGUCACAAUCAGCGAAGAAGACAGGAGGAGGAAAGUAAGAGUGUGUUUGUGUGUGUGUGUGUGUGUAUGUGUGUGUGGGGAGCAGCGGUCUGCUCGGUUAUCCGUCUCCAUCUGGGUACCAUCUGUGUCUCUGGCUUUGGCCUUCGCCACACUGGAGCUCCCAUAUGUGGGAAUGCAAACACAUGCCUGACAUAUGAAGGCGUGGAGUCACCGAAAAGGAACAAAAAGCAGAGGAUAAAGAAAUCAAACUCGGCCACUGCAGCUGACUUUCUCCCAGGACACAAGAGGGGACUCUACUAGAGAGGAGACAGUAGAGAGAAGAAGAGCCCUGCCAUGCCCGGUUCGCCUGUGGAUGCUAAGACUCAUUCCAGAUCGGCCCCCAGCAGCAGCACCAGCUCCACUAUGCCACCCCUGCCCUCCGUUAACCCCAGUGGCCCUCGACCGGCCUCAUUUUCCACCACAGUGUUGACCAAUGGGAAUCAUCAUUCCCCACCAACCCUGAACGCAGUGCCCUCUCCGCCACAGCGCUACAGCAAUGGACCAUCCUCCUCCUCUUCCUCAUCACUAGCUAAUCAACAGCUGCCGGCCACCUGUGGAGCUCGCCAGCUGAGCAAGCUGAAGCGUUUCCUGACCACGCUGCAGCAGUUUGGCAACGACAUCUCUCCAGAGAUUGGAGACAGUGUCAGAAGCCUUGUGCUGGCUCUUGUGAAUUCUACAGUUACCAUAGAGGAGUUUCACUCACGACUCCAGGAAGCCACCAACUUCCCCCUGCGACCUUUUGUUAUUCCUUUUCUAAAGGCAAACCUUCCCCUGCUGCAACGGGAGCUACUCCACUGUGCACGUGCAGCCAAGCAGACCCCAGCUCAGUACCUGUCCCAACACGAGCACCUCCUGCUCAGCACCACUCUCACCUCUUCUCCAGACUCGUCGGAGCUGCUGAUGGAGCCUCCUGAGCCGGGGACCAAGAGGCACAGCCCCAGCAGAGUCAAAGAGAAUGGUUUCCACGAGCGCCCGCCAGCAGCCCUGGAGCCUGCGGCCAAACGGAUCUGCACCAUCAGCCCCGCUCCUCGACACAGCCCCGCUCACCCGCUACCUCUCGCUGCCCAGCUCCACCCGACACCUCCGCCCUUGCAACAUUACGCCCUGGAUGACAUCGCAGCACCACACAUCUUGCACCGAGAGCACAGCCAGCGUGCGCUGGAGAUCCGUGAGCUGAAGGACAGGCCCAGACUCCCUGGCACUAAUGGGGGCUACCGAGAGGAGCCGGUGGACCACAGGCUGACGGACAGAGAGUGGGCUGAUGAAUGGAGGCAUCUGGACCAUGUGUUAAACUGUAUUGUGGACAUGGUGGAAAAAACACGGAGGUCAGUGAGCGUGCUCAGGCGAUGCCAGGAGGCGGAUCGAGAGGAGCUGAACUACUGGAGACGGCGUUCAAGUGAGCAGGACGACCUGCGCAAAGGAGGCUCGGGAUCUGCUCCAUUUUCCAAAACUCACAGUCCCCUCUCCACAGAGUCGGAGUCCCAGCGUGACUUUGCUCCACGGCCAGGCUCGGCAUACGUUACAGAUGAGAUCUGGAGGAAAGCUGAAGAGGCGGUGAAUGAAGUGAAGCGUCAGGCCAUGGACGAAGUUCAGAAAGCGGUGGCGGAGGCCGAGCAGAAGGCUUUUGAGAUGAUUGCAGCAGAGAGGGCGAAGAUGGAGAAGACUCUGGCCGAGGCCAAGAGGAAAGCUCAAGAAGAUGCCAUCAUGGUCAUCAAUGAGCAGGAGGAUUCUAGUGAGUGCUGCUGGAACUGUGGCCGUAAAGCCAGUGAGACGUGCAGCGGCUGCAACGCUGCGCGCUACUGUGGGUCCUUCUGCCAGCACAAGGACUGGGAAAGACAUCACCUCAUCUGCAGCCCUGGACUUCAGGCUCAGCCCAAGCCGGUGUCUGCCAUCACCGCGAGCCGGGUAGCUGCCAUGACUUCAGCGACGGUGGCUGGAAUGUCUCCCAUCGUUGUGGCCGGAGUCAAAGCUCCAGACAGCGCGCCUUCGGUCUCCAGUCCAAACGGAGAGAAGGCUUCUGUCGCCUCUCGCUCCUCCACUCCAUCCACCCCCGCCUCGGCCCCCGAGACCAACGGACAUUAGAAUGAGGAUGAUUUCAGAGCUUAACACGUCAUCUAUCCUCUUUGUUAACGGGGAAGAGUUGAAUCAGCGGCACGAGGAAGCUAUUUGUGGGUUAAGUUAGGAUAACAGAUUUUUUCAUCAUACUCUGGCAGAUAAUGAAAGACAGAUUAUGGGAGACUGUUUUGAGUGAUACAUCAGCUGGGACUCCGGUUUUGGCAGAGAACGAAGGGAACUGGUUUAGUAAGCAUCCAUUGGAUGAACAGAUCUCCAUAACAGAUGGAAACGUGUUGCUCGACGUCCAAAAGCCCAAAUCCUGGAUCUGUGAGGGCUGGAAUGAGACUCGUCAUUGAUCUCAGUUUUAUCUGCGUCUGCAGAAAGAAAGUUCUGAAAGUAUGGUGUCAAACUCCCACAAACCAGCGCCACUCACUUUGCUGUGUUGAACUUUAGGACAGGGAGGCGGUGUUGUAAACUGUAAACUGACCCCGAAGCGUCCAUCUUUGUUGUUUUAGGAACAGCAGACCACCUGACGGAGAUCUCCCUGUACAUAAGCAUUUGGUCACCAACGUGUCGUGGGAUUUUCAUGUGUGUGAAUGAGUCAAACGUCGUGCUGUCAGUAAAUAUUGUAAAAGCAUAUGAUUAUUUUUGUUAAAGCAAUAUUAAAAAUGAAGUGUUCGAGCCGUUUCUGCAUCACCAAAGUUUUCCGUUUCCUGUAAAAGUGUCUUUGUGGAAAAGAGGAAGUUUAUCCGGGGAGUUCUUUCGACGUGUUCAAACAACAGAGAGGCAGUGGUUUUGUGGAAAUAAACACGGAAACGUUCAGAUUUCAGUUUCUUUCACAAAUCAGCAGUGUUACUAUAACUAGUAUCUGUUUUAACGUGUCAUAAAUGAUCCAGCACACAGGUGCGGGCACGGAGCAGCGACGGUCCCACAGAGAAUCUCAGGAGCUAAACCCUUAUUUGUACGUGUACAGAUCUUUCUAUUGUCACAGUUAGGUUCAUGUUUAGUGAGGAACUUUGAUCUAUCUUCAUCCUCUGCUGUUAUGAGAUGUUCUUGUUGUAAGAUUGACUUUGUAAAAAAGAUUAAGAAAUUCCCUUUAUUUUGAGCCACACCUCCUUCCCAUUUGUUCUUUUAAUGUGUUCUUUUGUUAUGAGGCAUAACGUCACAUGAAAAGCUUAUCUUGACAUGAAGUACAGAAUAAAGAAGUAGAUUUACUUCAAAGAG